AUGGUGGCCUCCAAGCUGGUGCUGUCGCUGCUGGCUGCAGCUCUCCUGCUGCAGGUGGCCACCACGCUGAAGAUCAGUGCCUUCAACAUCAAGGCCUUUGGGGACAGCAAGAUGUCCAACCAGACUGUCGCAGAUAUCAUCGUCUCCAUCCUGUCAGGGUACGACAUCACCGUGGUGCAGGAGGUCCGGGACGCCGACCUGAGCGCUGUGAAGAAGCUCAUGGACCAGCUCAACAGUGUGUCCCCACACCCCUACAGCUUUUUGGACAGCAUCCCCCUGGGUCGGACCAGCUACAAGGAGCAGUACGUCUUCAUCUACAGGUCAGACAUGGUGUCCGUGCUGGGAAGCUACUACUAUGAUGAUGGCUGUGAGUCCUGUGGGAAUGACACCUUCAGCAGGGAGCCCUUCAUCGUCAGGUUCUCCUCACCCACCACACCAGAGGUGGAGGAGUUUGUGAUGGUGCCCCUGCACUCCGAGCCCAGCAGCGCGGCGCAGGAGAUCGACGCGCUCUACGACGUCUACACCGACGUGCUCAGCAAGUGGGCAACGGAGGACAUCCUCCUCCUGGGUGACUUCAACGCCGGCUGCUCCUACGUGAGCAGCGCGCAGUGGCCGUCCAUCCGCCUGCGCUCCCUGCCCGCCUGCCGGUGGCUCAUCCCCGACAGCGCCGACACCACCGUGGCCAACACCACCCACUGUGCCUAUGACCGGAUCGUCGCCUGCGGCACCGCGCUGCGCCGAAGCAUCGAGCCCGGCUCUGCUGCCGUCCGUGACUUCCAGAAGGCUUUUCACCUCCAGAGCAAGGAUGCUUUGGCUGUCAGUGACCAUUUCCCAGUGGAGGUGACCCUAAAAACCCCCUGA